UGGCUCUGAUUGGCUGAGCCCACAAUGCCUACAAUGCCCACAAUGCCUUCCCAAUCAUGUGACAACCCCCUUGGCUUUCGUACUUGCGCUUCCGUCGUUGCAGUUAGCAAUUAGCCUAUAGCCUAUCUUUCACUCAAAAGGCGCGAUGGGGGCUUCGACUUACGAAAAUUUUCGACUUACGAAAGACCCUGUUUUUAAUCAAGAACAUACGUCUUGUUCAAUCUACUUCAGAAUGACAGAACUGAAUUAAACCUUUUCGUACCACAUUUAUGCUAAUUAUUUUUAAAUGUUAUCUGCAAAUUGACCUAUGAUAUCAAUGCUUGGCUUUCAUGUCAUUCUAAUCACUGUCUUAUUUUGAAAAGCUGAUCAACAUUUUCAUGCACACAUGUUGUUUUUAUUGUUGCAUCAUCCUAAAAAUUCCACAGUGUGAACAUCCAGCUUGCUAACAGCAGCAACACCAGUGUAACGUUAUCAUCACCGUGCAGCAUACAAACCAUAUAUACUAUUCAGUAACCCCUGCUGCAAGCAAUUUAACUUAUUUAAUUUAACUAACUAAUUUAACAGUGUGCUUCAGACUGCAAAAUGCUGGGUGGGGCAUUCUGCUCUCACAAUCUUUAAUAAAAAUAUAAAUAUUUUGUAGCUAAUAUUCUGCCUAUUGCAGGUCUUUCACGCAAGGUGAAAAUAAUUAAAGACCAGGGAUCCCUGGGCCAGCUUUAUCCUUGUGAACAGCAAUCAGUGAUGAAGUCUUCGAUAUUGCUGAGGGCAUCAGGAAGAAGUCAAAAGUGCCUGGUGUCAUGAUAACACAGUUUAUGGAGGAACUUCCAGAGGGAAUGACAACUCCAGAUUUCACCCGCAAACCGAUUGCUCUAACUAUUCAAGAGGGUAAAUUUGCGUUCUUUAAAGCCAUAAUAGUAGGAACCCCAACCCCUACUGUGACAUGGAGUAGAGCAAAUGGAGAAAUACUUUUUCAUCCUUCUGUGUGCCUACAAAAAUAUGAUGAGGCAACCCACGAACACACCAUUGAGUUCCCUAAAGUUUCUCCAGAAGAUGCUGACACCUACAAGUGUUUUGCAACAAAUGAAUAUGGAAGGGCUGUUUGCACUGUUGUUUUAAAUGUUAUUGAAGUUGGAUUUUCCAAGACCAAAGAACUCCAAAAGGCACAAGUCGAAGAUACAGUUGACUUCAGAAAGACACUAAAAAAACGUAAUCCAGAUGGAACACGUGAGCAGAAGCCAAUGGAGACAGAGGAGAAGGUCUGGGAAAUUCUGCUCAGUGCAGACAAGAAAGACUAUGAGCGUAUCUGUGCUGAGUAUGGUAUCACAAACUUCCGUGGCAUGCUAAAGAAACUUAAUGAAAUGAAAAAAGAACGAGAAGAGGAGGUCGCAGAGUUUGUCACACAUAUCAGCAGUUUAAAGCCUAUUGAGGUCACAGAUGAUGAUUAUGCAACAAUUGAGUUGGAUAUGGACCUCAAGGAUCCUAGCAGUAAACUGUACCUGUACAAGGAUGGUGUCAUGGUUCCAUUUUCCAAAGAUGAGGCUGAUGAGCAGAAACAUAGUUUGAAACAAGUUGGCAAAAAAUACAUAUUCAAAAUCAAAAAACUAGGAGUAGAAGAUGCUGGACUCUACUCAGUGGAUGUUGAGGGUGUCAAUGUGUUCUCCACUGAUUUUAAAGUAACUCCAGUCGAAUUUGCUGUCAAAAUACAAGAAGUCAAGGCAGAAGAACGAGAGGACGCCCUCUUUCAAUGUGUCCUAACUGCACCCAUGAACGAGAUCAAAUGGUAUGGCAAAAGUGCUCUGCUGUCAAAUAGUGAAAAACAUGAAAUUACUAUAUCUGAGGAUAAGCUCAUCCACAAAUUGAUUGUGCGGGACUGCAUGCCUUUGGAUGCCGGUAUCUAUGCUGCUGUGGCAGGAAUAAAAUCUUGCAACGCUUGGCUUAUAGUUGAAGCUGACAAAGAUCCUGCAAGUAAGGGCAAAAAGGUGGCUCGGAAAACCACCAUGGCUGGAGGUAGCAACGAAGAGGAGCUGUUGAAAAUAGCAAAGGAGCAGCAAGAAAAAUAUCAGAAAGAAUUGGAAGAAAAACUGGAACUUGCAAAGAAAGCCCAAGCCGAGAAAGAAGCCGCUGGAGCAGCAGCCCAAGAGGAUGAAGAAGCAGCUAAAAAGGCAGCUGCUGAAGCCAAAGCUAAAGCUAAGGCUGCGGCAAGAGCUAAAAGGGCAGCAGCUGGUAAAGACGGAGCUCCAAGGAAAAGUGCGAAAAAAGGAGCCGGUGCUGGAAGUGGCGCGGCCUCUGCUGAUGGAACUGUUGGUGCCGAGGGUGCUGCUGGUGUUGGUGGGGCUGCCGGUGCUGAUGGAACUGUUGGUGCCGGGGGUGCUGCUGGUGUUGGUGGGGCUGCCGGUGCUGGUGGUGCUGAUGGAACUGUUGGUGCCGGGGGUGCUGCUGGUGUUGGUGGGGCUGCCGGUGCUGAUGGAACUGUUGGUGCCGGGGGUGCUGCUGGUGUUGGUGGGGCUGCCGGUGCUGGUGGUGCUGAUGGAACUGUUGGUGCCGGGGGUGCUGGUGGUGCUGUUGGUGCCGGGUGUGCAGCUGGUGCUGGCGGGACAGGUGGUCCUGGUGGUGCUGCUGCAGUUGCAGGUGCUGGUGGUACCAGUGGUAUUGGUGCAGGAAGUGCAGGGGGUGCAGGCAAUGGAGUUGAUGGUGGUGCCAGUGCUGGUGGACAAGAAGGUGGACAUGGAGCUGCAGCCAUUGGAAAAGGUGGAGCUCAAGGCGCAGCUGGAGUAGGAGUCGGUGGCGGUGAAGGAGAAGAUGAAUAUGAUUCAUUUGAAGAUUCUGAUGAAGAAUUUGAGGGGGAGUGGGGAGAAGAAGGAUGUGUAGAAGGAGGAGGAGAGGAAGGAGAAGGAGGAGAGGGAGGAGAAGGGGGUGUAGGAGGAGAGGGGGGAGGUAAAGGAGGAAAACGCAGAAAACGUGUGAGAGCUGGUCCUCUGGUUCCAGAUACAGUAAUAGACCCAGGAGUUCACUUUCAUGCUGGGCUUUCUGACUGCAAAGCCAUUAUUGGAGAAGCGGCAGAGCUGGAGUGUAAAGUGAGCAGUGAAGACUGUGUGGGAGUCUGGUACAAAGAUGGGGAAGAGAUUAAGUCAUCUGAGGGGUUAACUAUUUCAAAGGAUGGAACAUUUCACAGACUGAAAAUUCAUAAAGUCACAGAAGAAUUUGCAGGGAAAUAUAAAUUUGAAGCAGACGGGCGUAAGACAGAGGCUGAGAUUGCUGUUGAAGAUCCACCACGAUUUAAUGCUGAAGAUCUGGAAGCAUUCAAAACUCCUGUCACUGUGAAAAAAGGACACAAAGCUACGUUCAACUUGGCUUUUAUUGGACGGGAACCUAUAAAAAUUCAGUGGUACCGUGAGGGUGAAGAGCUUUCGGAGGAGGCAAACAUCAAGAUAGAGCAUUCAGAGGGGUCUAGCCGUCUACUGCUAUUGAAGCUUCAGCGUAAAGAUAGUGGUGAAAUCAAGAUUAAACUCAAAAAUGAGUUUGGCACUAUGGAGGCUCUCAGCCAACUUGUUGUACUAGAUAAACCUACUCCUCCAAUGGGACCUCUAGAGAUUGUUGAAGCCUCCUCCUCUGCAGUUGAAUUCAAGUGGAGACCCCCAAAAGACAGUGGUGGCUGCAAGAUAUUAAACUAUAUCCUUGAACGACAACAAGUUGGCCGUAACACCUGGAAGAAGUUGGGGCCAAUUGGUCCUGAGGCCAAGUACAGGGACACGGAUGUAGACCAUGGCCGAAGGUAUUGCUAUCGCCUCAGAGUGGAGACUGAAAUGGGCAUCAGUGAACUGAUGGAAACAGAGGACAUUCAAGCUGGUACAAAAGCAUACCCUGGACCUCCAUCAGCACCCAAGGUUGUCAGUGCCUUCAAAGACUGUAUCACUCUCUCCUGGUCUCCCCCUGCUGAUACUGGAGGAACCAGUAUUCUGGGAUACAACCUUGAAAAACGCAAGAAGGGCAGCAACUUAUGGGGCCCUGUCAAUCCACCCAAUGAGAUGAUUAGAGGGAAGCAAUUUGCUGUGAAAGAUGUAAUUGAGGGCAUGGAGUAUGAAUUCCGUGUGUCUGCGAUCAAUAACUCUGGAGCCGGUGAAUUCAGCUCCCCUUCAGAAUUCGUGUUUGCCAGAGACCCUAAAAAACCUCCUGGUAAAGUCAGUGACUUCAAAGUGACAGAUUCCACUUACACAACCAUCUCCUUGUCUUGGACAAAACCCAAGGACAUUGAGGGGGUUGAAGAUGAAGCAAAGGGAUAUUUUGUGGAGAUCAGGCUUGCAGAAAACACAGAGUGGGAUCGCUGUAAUUUGAAUGCAAUAACCAUGACGUCUUAUACAGUAAAAGGCAUGAAGUCAAUGGCUAUGUACUGGGUAAGAGUCAUUGCUAUCAAUGAAGGAGGCCAUGGAGAGCCACAGGAACUGGAUAACUACCAUAUCUCUAUGCCUCCUCCUGUGAGGCCCCGAUUCACUGAUGCCAAAAUUAAGAGUUUUAUGGUGGUGAGAGCAGGAAAUUCAGCACGAUUCAACAUUAACUUUGAGGCCUCUCCUUGGCCAGAUGUAAUCUGGCUAAAAGAUGGCGUGCCAGUGUCUAAAAAAGUGACCAUCAGUAAUGCAGAGGGUACAUCCCAGAUUCUCAUUCCUUCUGCUGAGCGCUCAGAUACUGGAGUCUAUACAAUCAUUGUCAAGAACAUUGUUGGGCAAGAAACAAUCAGCAUUGAAAUUAGAGUCACAGAUGAGCCCAAGCCUCCAGGUCCUGUGGAGUUAGAUGAAAAUGUGCAUGGUACUGUGACUAUUUCAUGGACAGCAUCUCCAGAUGAGAAACGUGAUGACAGGCUGCAUUACAUGGUGACCAAGCGUGAUUCAAGCAAAAGAACAUGGAACACCAUUGCAGAUCGAAUCUUCAACAACAGAUUCACAGCAUGUAACAUAAUGCCAGGACGAGAAUACCAGUUCAGAGUCUAUGCAAAGAAUGACAUGGGCUCCUCCAAACCCUCUGAAUCCCCCAAGUGGCUGAUUCCUGCCAAAAAAGAAAAGUUCACUGUGAAAAUGCCAGAAUCAAAGACGUGCAAUCUGCUGUGUCCUCCCAAGUUCAUUGUCCCACUGAAAACCCACACAGCUCCUGAAGGGUAUGAAUGCUAUAUGACUUGUGCUAUAAAAGGGGAUCCAACACCUCAUGUCACAUGGCUCCGCGACAGUGUCAGUCUGAAUACAAACACUAACUACCUAAUCUCCAACACCUGUGGAGUAUGCUCUCUGCUCAUAUUGAGGGUUGGCUCAAAAGACACCGGGGAGUACAAGGUUGUUGCAGAAAACUCUUUGGGAAGGGCAGAGUCUGCAACUAAACUCACAGUCAGAGAAUAAUUGGACACACCGAAGAUGGCAGACUUCCUUUAUAAUGCCAGCAUAAAUCAAGCUCAUGAUAAUGCCACAUUGUUUGCAGUUAAGUGAGAACUGUCAUGAAUGAAACCUUUGUUGUUUUUUAAAUUAUGCUAGUGAUGCCUUCCUUAUUUGAUUCACAAAUUCAAAACAAACAUCAUCUAAAGUUAAAGUAACAAUAAAGCCUUAGGCCUGCAAAAAUUGCUUAAAUAAAAGUUACCAACAUGUGUCUAUUUUGAUUUCAAGGGUAUAGCAGUAAUGAAAUAAAAUACUGAAAUAUAACUGUGAAAACUAUAUACAGUUUUUAUCUCUGCACAGCACUGAUUGUUAUUAGAUUAGUUGCUAUUAGUCUGAAGGUGAUGAAACAACUUACUUGUGUCUUAACAGAUUUUUAGAUGCAAGGAUCUUUGGCUUGUAUAGUAGGUGUUUGUAGAAGACCCCAGAAUAAAACUAAUAUGAGAAAAUAUAUGAACUGACAGGAUAUUUACAUUACAAUGACACUGCUGUCAUAAAAUGACAUCAAUAUGAAAAUUGAGUUUGAUGUAAAUAAACAUUUCAAACAGCA